AGAUAAAAAAAGAACAAACUAUAAAUUUUUUUUACAACUUUAACGUUUAAAUGACUAAUGAUGGGGGUUCUUAUUUAUUUCAUGAAUUUUUUUAUUAUUAUUAUUAUUACUAUUGUUAUUAUUAUGACUAUUUUUUAUUUUUUUAUUAUGGGAUUUGGAUAUUUAUCUUCUUUCUUAUCAUGUUCAUCUUCUGCUUUUUAUUCAUAAUUGUUGGUAUUACCUUUUUUUUUUUAUUUUUAUUAUUAUAUUUUUAUAUUUUUAUGUUCCUUAUUUUUUUAUAAACCAAUUUAGAAUUUUACGUUGUUUUUCUUCUGGUGAUAAUAAGUAGGAUUUAUUUAUAUUUUUUGGUGUCAUGCUUAUUAUUAUUCUUUUUUUUUAUAUAUAUACUUAGUUUAUGUUAUGUUAUUUUAUUGCAUCGAAUAGAAGUUUUAUUAUUAUUAAA